AUGCUGUUAAAGACGCAGUAACUCAGCCUGAAGCGCCGUGGAGGGAUGUCUCAUGGCUGAUUGUGAUGAGACCCUCUCCCCUACAUUGUCCAAGAAUAUCAAUCUCCUCUUUGGGGGGAUUAACCCUGGAUGUCUUGGAUGAGAUUUACAGCGAUGAACCUCAUCCCCAUAAGAGGUUAUCUGAUUGAGCUGCAGGCCCAUCUGAAUGGACCACCAUGGCAGGCCUUGACCCAGAGCUUUCCAACCCGGAAACACUAUCGGUGUCAGAGGGCAGCACUCUUCCACCGUACCCCUGCUGACCUAUGGGUGCGCUCUGUACCAAAUGGGAUCCUGCGUAUUGGUACCAUGGCAGGUCACUUGGUGAUUGAGUUGUGUCUUCUACUGGAAUAACAUCACUCCUUCUUUGGACUGUCUCAAACCGCCUUCAACAAUGCUGACUGAACCGUAUGGAGCCAUGUCGGAUGUUCGAGAUCUGACCCUCUUACCUCCAGCACCUCCUGUGCCAUCCCUACCGGGAGCUGGUGGUGGCUGUGGGAUGUCUGUUGGUGGUGGCCAGUGGACCCAACUGCUGGACCUCCACCCUGGCUCUCCCUACAGCUCCCUUUCCUCCCACCACUCCCUCAUCAAGCAGGAACCAGGUUGGGGUACCACCGACCCAAUAGAGGACCCUCACUGUGGACUCGGGGCCUUCACAGUGCACUUCUCAGGCCAGUUUACAGGCUCAGGCCCCUGUCGAGUUGGGGCCUUCGGAGAGCCGACUCCAAAUCAACCAAGGAUGUUUCCCAACGGAACCUACCUGCCCAGCUGUAUGGACAGUCCUCCUACACACAGGAACCAGGGUUAUGGAGCAGUGGGUUUAGACAGCAACCCCAGUUAUGGUCACACUCCGUCUCACCACACCCCUCAGCUCUCCAGCCUGUCCUUCAAACACGAGGACACGCUGUCACCACCAAACAACAUAGUUGACCAGCAGUACUCGGCGCCUCCUCCCAUGUUUGGUUGCCACAAUCCUUCAGAAUCCUGUCCGAGCAGCCAAGCUCUGCUGCUGAGAAACUACAAUAGUGAUAACCUGUACCAAAUGGCGUCUCAGCUGGAUUGUGUAGCAUGGAACCAAGUGAACACCCUGGCGUCUACCAUGAAGAGCACUGGACAUUCAACCAGCUAUGAGAGUGACCCCACAGCCCCUCCUCCACCCAUGCUUCUCAGUGCCCAGUACCACAUACACACACAUGGCGUCUUCAGAGGACUUCAGGAUGUCUGUCGGGUACCUAGUAUUGCACCACCAGUAGUAAGAUCAUCAGAGGCCAGUGAAAAGCGGCCAUUUGUAUGUGCUCAUCCUGGCUGCAGCAAGAGAUACUUCAAACUAUCACAUCUGCAGAUGCACGGCCGCAAACACACAGGAGAGAAGCCUUACCAGUGUGAUGUCACAGACUGUGGCCGCAGAUUUUCUCGCUCAGACCAGUUAAAGAGGCACCAGCGCCGGCACACAGGAGUGAAGCCCUUUCAGUGCGAGACUUGUCAGAGAAAGUUUUCACGGUCAGAUCAUCUUAAGACACACACUCGGACUCAUACAGGUAAAACAAGUGAGAAGCCCUUUACCUGCCGCUGGUCCAACUGUCAGAAGAAGUUUGCCCGCUCUGACGAGCUGAUGCGCCACCACAGCAUGCACCAGAGGAACCUGACCAAGCUGCAGCCUGCCAUCUGAGCAGCAAGAGGAGGAGGAGGACGACGAAGAGGAAGGUGACAAUAUGGUGUGCCAGAUAGUAGAGAAAGAUGCUGGAGCCGGGUCAGCGGUUAUGGUGCCUUGCCAGACUCGCUGAGGUGGUGGGCACAGCUGAUGCCUCCCUCAGCCAGCUGAUGUCGAGAGACUCCGAUGAUCCUGGAGAUCUUCAUGAUGCACCUCAACCAGCACUCCUUUGGUUAUCUGACAUUAAAACUCAGACUGAGAGGGUACAACGCAACGGUGAUUCUGAGCCAAGAAGAAGAUUUUUUUUUUUAUGUGAGAUGAUGAAAACAUUGGUACACUAUUUUGGAUAUAUUAGUACACUUGCACUGGCUUCUUUUGUUGUAUUGUUAAGAUUGUCACCUUGAAAAUGUGCUGGACAAUGUAAACUGGAUUUAGGAAAUGGACAAUAUAUCUUUUUUUGUCCAAGUUGAACACAGAGAAACGUAUUCGUACAGUAUUCAUGACACUCACCAAAUUGCUUUGUAUAUAUGUGGAGUAUUUGCCAACCGUUCUAGACAUUCCUUUUGUAUUUUCUACGUUUUUGAAAGUUUAUAAAAUGUUGAUUUACAUCGUUGUCAAGGCUAACAGUGUGUGCGCUUUUGUCUAAGAGAGAAAGAAGAGGUGCUGGUGUUGUCAGGUUAAGGGGCCACCUAUGAAUGGUGGUGGUGGGGUGAUUGGAGGUGGAGGGGGGGGUUGACAGACAGUAAAACAGCGCCCCACUGUGACUCUGACAGGGUGCAGGUCUCACCCUCCUAAAUCUCCGACACACAUCUUCAUAAGUAGGAACAUCUGGAGCCCGGUAAAUCUCAUUAGAAAAGACACAUACCUCAGUGUCAGCUGGCUGUACUCCACUGACUGCCCCCUAAUGCAUAGACUGGGCCCCAUAAUGCUCACACACAAAAGCACACACACUUACAUCCUGAUUGUAAAUAACAGCCUCCACUAUAGGAAUGGCAUUUUACAUUCUUCGGCCACAUGAUGGCAGUAUCAGCCUUUCCAGUCCAACACAGUGUGCCUGAACUUUUAAUACUGCUCACACUUCUCAGUCUUUAUAUAAUCUGUGUCCACUUCAGUCUUGGCCUUAGUGGUACUUACUGGUCAAAGUAAAUAUGUUAAAAUUCACAAAAGGAAAAAACAGUGUUGAGUGGUGUGUCCCCGGGUCCAUUAAAUAUACAUGAUGUGGAUGGAGUUGUGUGUCAUGCUACUGUGCAAGUCUAUGAGGGAUGAGGUGAAUCAGCUGCAGGUAUUUUAAUAAAAUAUGACUCAAUGUGGGAAGGAAGAGCUGUUGUAUGGUUCCAUGGGCUAAUUAUGUCACAUACCUGGAAAAGCAAUGUAAACACGCACAUACAAGCAUGAUAUAUUUAGCUGUCGGCUACAUGUUCACACAUGGAAACCACAGCACACAUUUUCUGAAGGCAUUCACUCAGCCUGCUCAACGGAAACACACAUGCAGCAUGUACACACACAGUGUUGGAUCAGUUUGAAAUGUGGUCAAUAACUCGGUGCAAAUAAAAUGCCGUUUUUUGUAUCAGUAACAUAAUCCAUUGGAUUACAAAAAAUAUAAUCUAAUCAGAAUACUUUUGGAUUACGAACAAUAAAAAUAUUAUAAACUUAUAUUCAAGAAAUGGAUGCAGGGACAAAACAUUUCAUUCCCUUUCCGGUCUUCUUUUCUUUUUUUUAUUUUCAUGAAAAAAACAUUUUUAUUUUGUAUGUUCAAUAUUUACGGUUACCAGUACCAAAUAAGACCAAAUGUCUUCCGUCUUUCAUUCAUUGUUGAAAACUAUUGUUGUUGUUGUUGUUGUUGUUGUUGUUGUUGUUAUUGUUAGCAUGGUUGUUAACCAUCCACUGGCAAUCCCAUGAGGCCUUGGGUUGAGUCUGUCAACCAUUCAGAGUCUGUGUGGGCAUUGCAGUACUGAAUAACAUGAAACUGACCACAUUCCCCUUUCAAUAUCUAUAGACCCCCGAGGGUUAAUAGAGCAUUGGUUAUCAUGGAAAAAAAGUUUAAGAAUGUUUAAAACUGCCAUAUUUUAUAAAUGUAAUCAAAAUAUAAUCAAGUCACCCUUGACAAUGUAACUAUAAUGUAAAUACACAUUUUUCAAAUAUAA